GGAGGCAUUAGUGGUUGCACACUCAUCCAGAAUCGAGUCUUACACGCCAUUGUGGCGAGAAAAGGAGUUACUUUCACGUUGCUGAGUGGUCAUUUAGAGCUAGCCUCUUUAGUUUAUCCACGUCAAGUAUAAGAAUAAUCCGACAAACUAUCCCGCGAUGGCUACAGACUCCUGGGCGCAGGCCGUGGACGAGCAGGAAGCCGCGGCUGAGUCGAUCAGUAGCCUUCAAAUAAAAGACAAGCCAGAAGAGAAUGGCACGGUUCCCAACACUGCUGCCUCCACCAGCGACGCUGCAAAAUCAGAACCUGAAGCAGAAAGCAAACCUGCAGAUGACGACGACAAAGAGGAUAAAGCAGCACAGUCGCUGCUGAACAAGCUGAUUCGAAAUAAUCUUGUUAACACAACAAAUCAAGUGGAAGUUCUUCAGAAGGAUCCCAACUCUCCACUUUACUCUGUGAAGUCCUUUGAAGAAUUACGGCUCAAACCACAGUUGUUACAGGGAGUGUAUGCCAUGGGAUUCAAUCGGCCAUCCAAAAUCCAGGAAACUGCAUUACCCAUGAUGCUGGCUGAGCCUCCACAGAAUCUGAUCGCCCAGUCUCAGUCGGGAACUGGAAAAACAGCUGCCUUUGUCCUGGCCAUGCUUAGCCAUGUCGACCCCAACAACAAAUAUCCCCAGUGCCUGUGUGUGUCACCAACUUAUGAACUGGCACUUCAGACUGGUAACGUCAUCGAGCAGAUGGGCAAAUAUUACCCUGAAGUCAAACUAGUCUACGCCAUUAGAGGGAAUAAAUUGCAGCGAGGCAUGAAGCUUCAGGAGCAGAUAGUCAUUGGGACACCUGGGACCAUGCUGGACUGGUGCACUAAAUUCAAAUUUAUAGACUCCAAGAAGAUCAAAGUGUUUGUGCUGGAUGAAGCCGAUGUCAUGAUCGCCACACAGGGUCACCAGGACCAGAGUAUCCGCAUCCAGAGGACGCUGCCUAAAAACUGCCAGAUGUUGCUCUUCUCGGCCACGUUCGAGGAGACCGUUUGGAACUUCGCUCAGCGCAUCGUGCCAGAUCCCAACAUCAUCAAGCUGAAGAGGGAGGAGGAGACGCUGGACACCAUCAAGCAGUACUAUGUGUUGUGCAACAGCAAGGAGGAGAAGUUCCAGGCUCUCUGUAACAUCUACGGAGCCAUCACAAUCGCUCAAGCCAUGAUUUUCUGCCACACGAGAAGAACUGCAGGUUGGCUUGCAGGAGAGCUGUCCAGAGAAAACCACCAGGUGGCGCUGCUGAGCGGAGAAAUGCAGGUGGAGCAGAGGGCUGCAGUCAUUGAACGCUUCAAAGAUGGAAAAGAGAAAGUGCUGGUGACGACUAACGUUUGUGCUCGAGGCAUCGAUGUGGAGCAGGUUUCUGUGGUGAUCAACUUUGACCUGCCCGUUGACAAAGAUGGCAACCCAGACAACGAGACGUACCUGCACCGGAUUGGACGCACAGGUCGAUUUGGGAAAAGGGGACUGGCCAUCAACAUGGUGGAUAGCAAGAUGAGCAUGAACAUCCUCAACAGAAUCCAGGAACAUUUCAACAAGAAGAUUGAAAGAUUAGACACGGAUGAUCUGGAUGAUAUUGAGAAGAUUGCCAGCUAAAGGACACACACGAUCACAAGGAGGAAGCAGGUCCAACUUCCCUUCUCCUCCUCGCUCUCCACGGACUGUACGCUUCGUUUUUUUUGUUUUGGCUUUUAUUUUUUAUUUUUAGCUGUCAGAGAAAAGAGCAAAACCACACAC